AUGGCGCCGUCUCCGACGAAGCUUCGCGGUCCGACCGUGACGUCCAAGCUCGAGCAGCAGGACGUGGGCCAGUUCCGCUCCAUCUCCGUGAGCGACGUCAACGACCUGGACGACAACAACGACAUCGAAGUGAUCAGCACAGCCGAAGUGGAGGACGAGGCGAUGUCCCGCAACUCGCGGCGAGAGGAGGAGCAGCCCAUGACCAAGGAGAAGCGACUCGCCUUCAAACAACUCGAACGCUGGCGUGUGGCCAUGAAGAAGCGCUCCAAGCGACUGCGACGCAGCAGCAUGCGCUGGAACGCCAAGACCCAGGCCUACGACGACGAACUCGAGUUCGACAACCUCUUUGGCACCAACAGCACCUUCGGACGAGAGCUUCAGGUCGUGAGUUAUCCGUGGCCGAUCUGGACUUUCGGCGUCUUGAUCAUGCUCGGAGCUUCGGUCUUCGUCCACAGCGUCCACAGUCAGAGAGGCGACGACGACAUUGGAGGAGGUAACCACCAUCACACGGACUGGUGGAAGUAUCUCGUGGCUGUGGCCAUCUACGUCUUGGGCUUCGUGCUCAUCGCCAAUGGACGAGUGGAGACUUUCUACAUGAACAAGGAGCUGUCUCGACUCUCGGUGCGCUCCAACAAGCCGCUGUGUCUGAGCACGCGCCACCUGCGCGUAGUGGAGCGAGACAUGCGCCACAUCACCAACAUCCGCGUCGAAGCUGCGGGCGAGUACAGUGGGGAUGUCGAUACGCGCACGUACAAGGUGCACUUCGACUUCGACGAUGGGAGCCACGUCUCGGUGCUCGAGAGCCGCUCCAAGCAGAAAACCAUGCGCAGAUGCCGCCACAUCAAGGCGUUCGCGGCUGCGUGUCCCCCGCCGAUCGCCCCACUGCGCUCCGCCUCGGAACAGUUCUCACCCGUGAUGAAGAUGACCUCGAACUCGCCACUGCGCCACGCCACGUCUUCACCCACCAAGCUCAGCCUCGAGUAG